AUGGAUAUGAAAAUAAGUGAUUCGGAUGAAUAUAUAAUUAGAAGCAGGAGAAAAGCGGCAAGAUUACGAAUACUUUCUUCCUCUUCAGACGAGGAUUUUGUUAAUGUUAUCAAUGAAGAGAACGAAUGUUCCACGGAGGAAGAAUAUUUGAUUUCUAAAUCAGAGAACGAGGAUCACGAUGAAGAAUGGCAGGAAGUAAAAGAAAGAACCGUAGUAAUAAAUGAGUAUUCAGAAGAAGAGGAAUUUUUACAUAAAAAUAUUGACUGUAAUGACCCUUUUGCCUUAUACAAACUAUUCUUCACGGAUCACAUACUAGAGAAUAUAGUUGAUGAAACAAAUAAAUAUGCUACUCAAAGUAUAAAUAAUUCUUCAUCUAGCAGUAGAAUACACCAGCAGGACUGGCAGUCUGUUACAAGAGAUGAAAUGAAUACUUUUUUUGGCAUAUUGCUUAUUAUGGGUAUUGUGCAAUUGCCAGAAAUUAGAUUGUAUUGGUCAAACAACGACAUGUAUGCGAACGCACGCAUAAAAAAGGCAAUGAGACGUGACCGUUUUCUAUUUUUAAGUUUUUACAUUUUUCGGACGAUACCACAGCCAGAACUGAAGAUCGGUUGCAUAAAAUUCGAAAUAUUAUUGAAGCAAUUGUAG